AUGGAAAAUAUUGACUUUGAUUCAACUUAUGCAGUUGAUAUGCAUUGUGAAUCCUGCACUAAGGAUAUCGAAAACUGCUUAAAGAACGUUGAUGGUAUAAAGAGUGUGUCGUUCGAUCUCAAUGACAAGCUGAUGAAUGUGAAAGGCCAUGCGGCCCCUAGUGCGAUUAUCAAUGCCUUACAGGAGUGUGGUCGUGAGAGCAUCAUUAGAGGUACUGGCAAGCCCAAUAGUGCAGCCGUUUCCAUUUUAGAAGAACACGAUUCUUCUAAUACUAGCGGAGUUAAUCCAGUCUUGGGACUAGCACGAAUUGUGGAGGUUGCUGACAAGAAGACCUUCUUUGAUAUCAAUAUAAAUGGGGUGAAGAAGCCGGGCCUAUACUAUGCCUCUGUAAGAAGCUCGGGUGAUUUGACAGAUGGUGUAAAAAGUAGCGGCGAUGCCCUUUACAAACUAGACACACCAAUCGAUUGCUCGAAACCUAGUGAUUCUAUUCCAAACACGUACAGCGGAAAUGCAUUUAUCCUAGCACCUUACCAUGUUUGGGAGAUUCUCGGUAGAUCUUUUGUUGUUACUUCAAACCCGGAACACAAAGUGACUGGUGCCGAUGACAUUUCAGUAGGCGGAGUUAUAGCUCGUAGUGCAGGCGCUUGGGAAAACACCAAACAGGUAUGCGCAUGUAGCGGAAAGACAUUAUGGCAGGAAAGGAAAGAUGCAAUCCAGCAUAACAUCAGAUUCUAA